AUGCUAGGAGAUUUUAAUUAUUCCUCAUAUGCAAAUACCUCUUGUGCUGGCCUCGCACCACGUCUAUGGCUGCAUUUUGUUGCUAACUACUUUGUAGACUGUGUCCCUUUGUCUAACGCUCAAUCUAUGCCUACCUUUCAUUGCAACCUUUCCUCUUUGACUAUUGACUACAUAUAUGUCUCCAAGGAUAUAGCAUCUUGUCACUCUUCAUCCACUGUCACAUUUGUUCAGCCCCUGUGUACCGAUCAUUGCCUUGUACAUACCUGUCUUAGUUUUCCUAUGCUGUCUCACAUUGGUCGAGGUUUGUGGUGUGCGAACCCUCAUUUGGCAAACAUCCCUUCCUUCCGCUCCUCCCUGUCCGACUGUCUUUCAUCCUUCAUACCACUACUCUCGCCUUCAAUUUCCCCCCAAUCACAGUGGGAUCUGAUCAAAGUCGAAGUGGCUCGUUUCACACGUUCAUAUUCACGCACAACCUGCCCAUCACUUGCCACUUUGGAGGUAAAGCUUCAGAGUAAAUGUGACCAUUUGAUACAUAGAUUUUGCCACCAGCCUGCUCAGAACUUUCAGCUGCCCAUCGUCGAGCAUCAACUUCAGCAAGUUCAACAGGAAUGCACCAAGAUACUAGCCCUUCGUGCUGGAAAACACUGGAGAGAGCAAGGCGAAACUACCGCUGGCCUCUGCCACCCCUUCACUGACAACUUAUGCACUGAUCCUGAUGAUCUUAUGGAAGCUGCUGCUGCAUUUUAUGAAGAUCUUUACACACCCAACCCUCCUGCUCAGACAACUAUUGACGACCUCCUCCUUCACUUGCCACCAGACCUCUUUCUUUCCGAAACUACCUUCACAAUCCUCCUUAAACCCUUCACCUUGGAUGACAUCUGA